AUGGUGUUUUAUUUGUGGAGGAGCACACCCCUGGGAUGCUCUGGUAUGUGGGGGCUGCUGUCCUGGGGCCGUCCCCCUGGACCCUGCCCCUGGGACGUCCAACUGCACUGGUGGUGUACUAGACUCGACCCCAUAGCCAUCCUAACCAUCAAGCAACAACCUGCUUUCCAGCCCACCAUCCUGCCAACCCCUACCAGUGAUGCAGUUGCUGAAGCUAUGGGAAUCAAGAGGGAAGAGGCCAUCAACCUGGCCCAAGGAUCAGUCAUUGACCAGAAGGGAUUCAUUCAAUUCCUCAAGGAAAACACGGUGAUAGAUCUACACUUGGACUACAACAAGUUUGAAGACCACAAAGAAGAUGAAGAAGAGUUGCGUGGCAUGGAGACUCAGUCUAGGCAAUAUGCCCUACAAUCAGCCACCUCUGCUUCUUUCAACAGCCGGGGAAACACACCUUCAGUUGGUUGCUACCUCCCCACAUCAAAUGGGUCUUGGCUUAACAAAAAAGCCAGUGGAUCAAGCGGUGGAACCCGUAGUUAUCUAGAAAAAGUCACCCCCAUUCAACUCAAUCCUGAUGGUGUAUACAUCACCUUAAGGAUCUGCUCAUACUGUGUGCACUAUAACCAGGUCCUUAGAGUCAAGAAUACCAGCAAAAUAUUCCAUGCUGAGAUACUGGAUUCUGGGGUGAUCUAUCCCAUGGUAGCUGAAUACAUGUUGGGUUGA